AUGAUAACCAAAGAAAGCAUCACCAAAAUUUACAAGAGAUUCCCCAACUUGAUAAAUGAUCUCAAAGGUCUUGGAAUGAGUUUUCCAACUCUUGAAUUUGUAAAGAAGAUUCUUCGCUCAUUGUCGGAAAGUUGGACAAUGAAAGUAACUGCAAGUGAAGAAUCCAAAGAUCUCACCAAGAUGAAAAUGGAUGAGCUCAUUGGUAGCUUAUUGACAUUUGAGAUGAAGAGAAAGUCAGAAGAUGAAGAUAUCACACCAAAGAGGGAGAUUGCCCUCAAGACCGUGGAUGAAGAAGAAGAAGGUGAUGAUUCUUCUAUGGAAGAAGAUAAAAUCAACUUCUCAGCAAAAGGGUUCACAAAGUUUCUUGGCAGAAACAAAAGAUUCAAAGGAAGACAAUUCCAAUGGUUCAAACCAAGAAAUGAAGAUGAUAAAGCCACUUGGAGUGGAAGUGAUGACUCAAGUGAUGAAGAUAAGUCAAAUGAAGAGCAAGCCAACCUUUGUUUCAUGGCCAAGGAAGAUGAUUUGGAAGGAGACUCCGAAUCCAAGGUGUGUCUUGGAGCAAUGAAAUUUAGAGCAAACAAAUGGUUCCUUGAUAGCGGAUGCUCAAGACAUAUGACGGGAGACAAGAGCUUGUUCACCUCACUGAAGCCAAAGAAUGGAGGAAAUGUCACUUUUGCUGACAACUCAAAAGGAAAAAUCAUUGGCAUUGAUUCUACUGGUAACAAGUCUCUAACCAUAAAUGAUGUAUUACUUGUUGUGGAUUGA